AUGUCACAACCUCACAUCGGCAUCAUCGGCGCAGGCCUCUCAGGCCUUCGUUGCGCCGAUAUCCUCCUCCAAAACGGAGCCCGAGUAACGAUCCUAGAAGCAAGAGAGCGCAUUGGCGGACGAGUGCACCAAUCAUCGGUUGGUUCCCAUGUGGUUGACCUAGGUCCAAAUUGGAUCCAUGGCGCCGGGGAGAACCCCAUUAUGGAUAUCGCUAAGGCGACGGGAACUAUUGUGCAUGAUCCCGAGGGUGGAAAUAUCAAGUUUUCUCGUGAGGGGCAGUUGAUUGAUGAGACUGUUACUAGUAAAGUUGAGGGCUUUGUCUGGACUACCAUCUCUGAGGCCUUUGAAUAUAGUAAUCGGCAUGGUGAUAGUAUCCCCGCUGAGAAGAGUCUAUUUGACUUUUUCGGCGAAAGAGUUGGGCAAUCUGAUCUCUCAGAUACAGAGAAGGAACUUGCCCUUGAUGCGUCCAAGCUCUGGGGUGCAUAUGUCGGUGAACCGAUUGAACGCCAGAGUCUGCGAUUCUUCCGCUUGGAGGAAUGUGUUGAUGGGAGCAACUUCGUCGUGGCGUCAACAUACAGACGAAUCCUAGAGCACGUCUCAAAGAACGCAAAAGCAAACGCCAACAUCCAUCUCAACUCGCCAGUCAUAAACAUCAACGCACCCGAACGCGAUGAUAAAUCCCCAACGCGGCACCGAGUAACAGUGACCACAACCACGAACAAAAUCUACACCUUCGAUGAGGUAGUCGUGACCUGCCCCCUAGGCUGGCUAAAACAAAACACAACAGCCUUCACCCCAGGGCUCCCACCCCGCCUCCUAGAAGCAAUCAACAACAUCUCCUACGGAAGACUCGAAAAAGUCUACAUCACAUUCCCGCAAGCAUGGUGGCACAACAACACCGAGAAAAGUACAGUCUUCGCCCAGUUUCUUGAACCAUCUUACACGCCGCACCACGAGACCGCAGAGUGGAACCAAGAAUGCCUGAGUAUGGCAUCUCUCCCGUCUUCUACAGCGCAUCCAACGCUUUUGUUUUACACCUACGGUGAAAGUGGUGCAGAAAUCAUCAACUCCAUUGCCCACCUGGCGCCGUCAUCGCCAGAGUACACGGACACACUGAUCAAAACAUUGGAACCAUUCUACUCCCGACUCCCGGGAUACGAUCCCACAUUGGCGGAUUGUAUACCAUCCGCUUUGCUCGCGACGCAGUGGCAGAAGGAUGAGUAUGCGGGUCAUGGGUCGUAUUGUAACUUCCAAAUUGGGGUUGCGGCGGCGGAUCAGGAUAUUGAGUGUUUGAGAAAUGGGGUUGGGAGUGGAAGUGCAAGGGGCUUGUGGUUUGCUGGCGAGCAUACUGCGCCCUUUGUUGCGCUUGGGACUACUACUGGGGCUUAUUGGAGUGGGGAGAGGAUUGCUAGGGAGAUUUGUGAGGCGAGGGGAUUGCAGGUUGUGGGUGCAAUUGGUGGUGUUGGGGAUGAGCAGCCUUCUGGGGGUUGUAAAUAA